AUGUAUCCUCCUAAAGGUAGGGUGUUAUCGGCUGGAUCCGCAACGCGGACUUUCAAAACUACCACGGGUUCGACGUCACCCUCCCCUUCAACAUCUUCUGCAUCACUUCCGUCACAUCAGAAAAAGGCCUCAGUUUCCAAGGCCGCUCCAUCCAAGUUAUCAGUAGCGACCAAAACUGGUGGUCAUGAUGCGGCGAGGAAAUCUAGGUCGGCGCUUACGGUGCUGCCUGCUGAGGAGGAGGCUGCGUGCUCCACGGUGGAGCCCCUAGUUGAAUUCGAGACAGGGAACCUUCCUGAACCUGCCAUGAAGCAUAAUUACAGCGUGCCUCCCGAUAUGGAGCUAAUGAACUGCCAAAGCAUUGCAAUACGUGAGGGUGAGGGUAAUAGUACCACUUCCUGCGAAGAGUACCCCGAUUUCACAGUUCAAGACCCCGAAUCAAGCUCGGAAACCUUUCUGAGCACGCUUAAAACGCUUGUUGAUAUAACAUCUUUCAGGAACAGCGAUAUGGAACCUCUCUCCAAUGCGACUUCUGGCACCGACGACGGUGACGGAUUUUCUAUAGUGACACCAAUACGCGAUGCCACCUACGACCUGAUUCGCUCUUCAUCGAGGUUCAUCAGGGGUACCAUCGACGGCGAAGAUGAUGAGGAAACUGCCACUAAGGUCGCAAAAGGGGCUGCCAAGGGCACCGACCCUGCUGCAAGCACUGCCACGCCCAAGAAGGGAGCCUCGGACAGCACGUGGAACCUCCAAGGUCUAAGCAAUUGGUUGUGA